AUGGAAGUAUUGAGUCCAGAGCUCAUUCACAACAUCUACCAUUUCCUGGAGCCUUCCUGGCACUAUAAUCUCGCGAGGACAUGCAGGUUCAUUUAUUACUCGUCGGCGCACAUUCUACGUCGCCACGCUGCAGCAUACAAGAACGACCGCAUUGCUUCAGACCGUGAGCCCUCGGAAACCGUUAAGCUCUUGAACAGUUUGUCGCACGUUACUGGCGUGGAAGCUAUCGAAGCCUGGCAUGUGCGCGAAUAUGAGGUCUGGGGAAGCAGGGCAUCCUGGGAUGACUGGCAACAGUGGCGUGUCGAUUCAGACGGGGCGAUCUCAAUGGAGAGCGGCGGUAAUCCGGCAAUUGAACCUGAGCGUGUCAAAACGCUGGCCAAUAUGUAUCUGCGAGAGUUCACAUUCACGGACACGGAGGACCAUGACUUGGCUCGGAACGAGAUCGAAAAUGGCGGUGACGGAUUCGUGAAGAUGCUCAUCAUAUCCAGCUUACCCCGCCUAACAGCCCUUCGAUUCGCUGAAAGGGAACGGGACCGUCAUACAAGUCUUGAGUGGAUGCGGAAGGCCGCUUCUCGUAGCCUCACAGCUUCGAUUCCAUGGCCGAUUGGAUUCAUCUCUCUUCGGAGUGUGGCAGUCGGAGUGGUUACUCGAAAUCUAAGAGACUCCAAUGGAGCAACCGCGCGUGCAAAUCAUCUAGCCAUAUUACUCCGCCUACCGAAUAUCGAAGAGGUCUACUUUCGGAAUCUGGAUAUGCGUCUCGAUGGUGAUUUCGAAGACGUCGAUGAUGUACAGGACCGCUUUCAACUGCCAGGUGCCUGUUCUUCCGUGAAAAGGAUCAUUCUCGAUAGAAUUAAAGACGACUCGUGGGUUUUCAGGGAAGCGCUACUCAUGGCUCCGAACGCUCUUGAGGCUUUAGUAAUCCGUGGACAUCUAGAGACUGCGGACGAGCCAAUGGAUGGCGACAUGAUUCUCGUACAUCUAGGCGACUCUCCCUCUUGCCAGUCCCUUCGCAGAUUCACCUUCUACAGGCCAGAUUACAUAAACGGUCGCGAUAGCAGGUCGUAUGAACCUGGGCUCUUGCAGGGGCUAGACAACCUCGGUCUAGUAAGCUUGUGCAUUCAGGACAUUAUCAAUGAGGCCCUUGGAGAAGCCAGGAAUAAGCAAUCAGAUGAGGAGGGAAGUGUACAGGGUAUGGGCAAUGAUGAUGUUUCACUUCCACACUGCACCAACGACGAUUUCAUAAAUCAUGACGAGCUAGUUGACGCUUUCGUUCGGCUGCUCCCAACUUCUCUGGAAGUCCUAGUGAUCUGGGGACAGGAAACAUAUGAAGAGGGUGAAGAAUGGUUUAGAAGAGGUGAGUACGAGGAAUACGAGACGAUCGACGACGCCAUUGUUGCAAUGAUGAGAUCUGGCCGUUUCGGAAGGCUGAAAGCCGUCUAUCUCAACCCAAUCGAGGAAGACGGAACUACCCCACGAGAAAAAGUUACGACAUGA